AAAAUCUACAAGCAAUAUGCAUGGCAUGGGAAACUGCACUCUGGGUAUAUUAUCAGUGUGUAUGAAUGCAGUAAAUCAUGUGCUGACCAAGGAGUGUAGCUGUACCCCUGGUCACCUCAUUCCACAGAAAUUGAGAUAAGUUUUGUUUGUGCAGAGUUGUUGAUGUGACUUACUUUUUGUGCUAGGAGCUGCAGUUUUCUGACUGUUAGACAAAUUAUAUGCAAGAUGUCAAAUCCUGCUACUUUACCAACACCUGUGAAGGACGUUCAAGGUGAUAACAGAUGGAUGAGCAUGGUGAGAAAAAUAGGGAAAUGGAGACUAGUCUCUAGGAACUUUGAUUCUCCAAGUUUCCAGUCUCUCUCUUCAUCCUUCCCUCCUGGAGUGAAAGAAGCUGUGUGAAGAGAGAUCCAGGAAAUUAGUGUGCUAUAAAAAGCUCUCCCUGUUAAAUUCUCAGUUAUUUAUGUCUUAAUGAUAUAACUUUUAAUUGCACUAAAACCAUAAUUUUUUAAGUUAUUAAUUCAUUUGUUCCUUUUGCUAGCAUGAGAGAUUUUUACAUGAUGGCAAGUUUUCUCCAUGUAAUGUUUUAUUCAUUGGCGACUCACUGAUUCGCAAUAUGAAGGAGACUGAGGUAAUUGGUUAAGCUGGUAAUAAUAUUGAUCUGAAACAUAUCUUUUAUAUUGGCUAGUUUUAAUUAACAAUUGGUUCAUAUGUCAGCGUGCGUUCAUUGAGAUAUGAAGCACAUGGGAAGUUUGGAGAGCACAAAAGAUGCGUAACUUCACAAGUGCUUCAUAUCUCGAUGAACGCACAGCUGACGUAUGAACCAAUUGUUUUAUCACAUUUUCAACCUAAAGGAAAAUUUUUUUUUGAGGGAUUCGUUUGCUGAUGUCAUGAGCAUGCACAAUAGGAAUAUGAAGCAUGCUUGCACAAUUGAAUUUGAUUAGACAAAUUUACUAGCUAUGUUAUAAACUGAAUUCUAUCUCAAUCAACUCCAGAGUGAAGAUAUAACCUUCAUUUGAACUGUAGAAAUGAUUCUGGAUUGUAGCCUUCCAUAUAGCAGCUACAAUUUUCCCACAAUGGCUGGUACUGGCCAAUAUUAACCCACAUUAAUUUGGAUGAAUCAGUGUAGUUGGUAGGGGGGGAGAACAAAAAUGUAUUCAAGGUAUGGUGGGGGGGAGGGAAAGAGGGCUAAAAGAGAAAAGUAGGUGCUGGUACUAGGGCAUCUGGGAAGUUUCCAGGUUGAGACUGUAAGAAAGUGACUUUCCUUCCCUCCCCUGGCUCUGCCAAUUCUUGUCCCUUCUGCGAUGGAAGGAGCCAGUUUCUUGUGGCUUCUCGUAGGUAAAUCAUGUCAUUUUUUUCUUUUCCUUUCAUCCUAUAGGCUUGGGAUACUUACUUUGCACCCCUAAAUUCUCUUAAUUUUGGAAUUGGAGGAGAUUGUACAGAGCAUGUGUUGUGGAGAAUAGAAAAUGGAGAACUGGAUAAUAUUAAUCCCAAGGUAAGGAGGCAGAGGUAGCAGCUACUUGCCAAGUCACCCAAAAUUAACUAAUAUUAUUUUCAUUCUUUAUAGCGAAGAUUUUCAAGACAAUACAAGAUAAUUUGGUUUUAUCAACUGCAUUAAUAAUGUAGAUUGAAGAUUGGAAACAGUUUCUAAAGCUGAGCAUUACCUCUUCCUAAACCAUUCAAGUUAAUCAUUCAUUCUGAUCAGAGAGCUAAUGCUGGAAAUGUCAACUUCAGAAACUCUUCAUGGAUGCCAAUUUCCAUUACCAAUGUAGUCGAUAAAACCAAAUUAAUCUUAUUAAUUAAAUUUUUUUGAUUUGAGCACAACUUUUUUUUCUUGAUUUCAGGUUGUUGUAUUAUUGAUUGGAACAAAUAAUCAUCACAGUACAGCAGACCAAGUUGUAGAAGGAAUUGAAUCAGUUGUAUGGAGUAUAACAAGCAAGCUGCCUUCUGCAAAAAUCAUUGUACUGGUAAGAUAAGAUGGUUCUUUGCAUUUUACAAAAUGCCAUGAAGUAGGAUUGGUGGAAUGCUAUGCUUAUUUAAGUGGGUUUGUAAGGAAAUAUUUAAAAACCAUCUUAAGGAACAUCCCAUUUUGAAAGAAGGACAUUUUGGGUGGGAAGCCUGUGUUCAAUCACAGCGCCUGCACAGCUUAACCAACCUUAAAAAAGGAACUUAUCUAUAUCUCCUCUCGUUCCAGGAACUUGUAUCAUCUUUCUUUUUCCAGCCUAAGGUUUUAAUUUCCUUUCCUGAUUAAUAGGGUCUACUUCCACGAGGAAAACAGCCAAACCCUCUCCGCGAGAAACAUUUUCAGGUGAACCAUUCACUCAAAGAACUGAUUGAGGCCAUACCAAACUCUCUAUAUCUGGACUCGGAUCCAGGCUUUGUCAGAAGUGAUGGAGUUAUUAGUCACGAGGACAUGUUCGACUAUCUUCAUAUGACCAGAAAAGGAUACAAGAAAUUCUGCAAACACAUCUCAGAAGUCAUUGUUAAAUUUCUGAAAUAUUAGGUCUUAGUAAAGACAGUUUGUGCGUGACGUCACGUUUACCAUUGUUUGUGCGUAAAAAUGGGAAAAAAUUUAUAAAUCGCCCGUAUUGGUAGUCUCCUUCGCAAAGGCUGUUUGAUAUUGUCACGCAAUAGCGCGUUGCGAUAUCAGAUAUUGCGUUACGAGAUUUUGCGUUCCAAGAUAUUGCGUCACAAGAUUUUGAGUUACGAGAUACUGCGUUACGACACUUAACGUUAGGAGAUAUUGCGUUACGACAUCUUGAAGUGCAAGAAAUUAAUUUCAUCAAUAUGAGUGAUUAAAUAAUGUGGUAGGGAAUAGACUAUUUUUUAUUCAAAUUAUUUCUUCUGGUUUGAUUCCCUGUAAAAAUUUGACUUUUAUCCAUGUGGGUAAAAGGCACCUGUGUUCGCCGCCUUUUUUCAAUUCAAGAAAUGCCUUUAAAAAUUAUGUAUUUAAAGACGAGGGUAUGAAAUUAAGUUUUCGAAAGUAAGAGGAAUAGCUUAAAUUAUUUCUUCCCUUCGUGGAAACGAAACUAACUUAAUAUAUGAAUUAAGAGUAAAACUGCCAGUCAAAAUUCAAAAAGGAAUUUAAUUUCUCAGCGUUAUACAUUAUGAAACGACUUCGCUCGUCUUCUGGCAUGAGCAUGAAGUCGCGUCAAAUUCAUUUAGUGAUAUGA